AUGUUCAAGUUUUUCGCUUUGUGCCUGUUCGCUCUGGUGGCUGUUGCCUGUGCCAAGCCGCAGUUCCUGACCGCCUACAGUUCCGCCCUGGUGACAGCUGCCACGCCCUACGCCUACUCGAGCGGCCUUUACGCCUCCCCAUAUACCGCUGGAUACACGGCCGGAGUCUAUGCCUCGCCCUAUGCCGCCUACAGUGGCUAUGGAGCCUAUCCCUACAGCUCACUCUACCUGAGACGCUAA